AUGGGACAAAUGGCAGACACAAGAGAGGGAGCGGACAGCCGGCAAAGGGGAAGGUGGAAGGCAGGGAGGGGGAAGGAAAAGGGACACAGAGGUAGAGGGAGUAAAGUAGCAGGGCAGAGAAGGGACCGAGAAGAGGAAGAGGAAGGAGAACAAUAUGGAGAGAGGAGAGAGGAGAACACACACACAGAGGAGGGUGAAAAAGGAGAUGAACGAAGAGGGGAAGAGGGAAGGGUAAGAGGGAGAGAGGGGGGCCGCAGCGCGCAGGAAAAGACGAAGGAAGCAAAAGAAAACAGAGCCAAAGAAGGAACGACGCACGACACGAGAGAGGAACGGGUAAGGAAGAGGGGAACAUCAAUAGCAGAAACAGGCGAAAAAGUAAGGGGAGAGAAGAAAGCGGGCAGGAACGAGAGAGAGAGAGGCAGUAAGCAAGGAGUCGUCGGGCCCGAAGGGAGGAAGAAGAGAAAAGAGAGAAGCAAACAGAAAGAAAGAGGAGACAGAAGCAAACAAAUAGCGAAGAAAGCGAGGGUGGGGAGCUGGGGAACGGGCAAUGAAGGGAGAAAAGAAAAGGGGGGAGGGGGAAAAGGAAGUAGCGAAGAGGCGCGGAAGGAACGACUGGAGGAAGGGCAGGGGGAAGGGAGACGGAGGGGCGGGAUGGAAGGGGAAAGAAUGAACAGGCCGAAUGGAGAAACAGGAACCAGGAACAGCGGCAGGGGCGGAUAG